AUACGAUCUUGGUAUAAAUAGCCCAGUAGGAUUGACUGUAGAAGAUAGCAAUAAGCUUACACAACACCUUCUCUGUGCUACAGGAUCAACACAAAACCAUCAUACCUUCAAUUUUUCUCUACACAAAGACUCACCAACAUGUCUCAAAUCCUGACCGUCUUUGGAGCCACUGGCAAUCAAGGUGGCUCCGUCAUCAAGUCUAUACUUGCCGACCCAGUCCUGUCGAAACAGUGGAAGAUCCGUGGAGUCACUCGCGACACCACCAAGCCAGCUGCGCAGGCAUUAGCCGCCAAAGGAGUUGAACUCGUUUCGGCCGAUAUGUCCUCCACCGAGAGCGCUCUAGCCGCCGUCACCGGAGCCGACACGGUAUUCCUGGUGACCAACUUCUGGGAGAGUAUGAGCCGCGAGAUCGAGGUGGCCCAAGGCAAGGCCGUGACCGAUGCGUGCAAGAUCGCCAAUGUCAAGCACCUCAUCUUCUCAUCCCUGCUGGAUGUCACGAAGAUCAGCAACGGCCGCCUUCCUAAUCUUAGCCACUUCGACAGCAAGGCUGAGAUCGAGCAGUAUAUCCGAGACAGCGGCGUUCCAGCGACAUUCGUCCUGGCGGGUCUGUAUACGACCAACUUCUUCGAGAUGUUGAACAAGCAGGGUGAUGUGUACACCUUGGCCUGGCCGGUUGAUAUGGACAAGGCGCAGGUGCCGUUGUUCGAUCCUGCUGAGGAUACUGGUAAAUUUGUGAAAGCAGCCAUCAAGCACUUCCCAGCGACUGCUGGUCAACGCAUACUGGCGGCAGAGGAGUACUACUCACCCCGCCAGAUUGUAGAGGAGUUCCAAGAAGUCACGGGCUACAAGGCUCAGACCGCUCAAGUCCCUGCAGAUGUGUUCAAGUCGUUCCUGCCAGAAAAUAUCGCACAGGAGAUACUGGAAAAUAUCCUGCUGCUUGAAAUCCCGGGGUAUUAUGCCGGCGAGUCUCUCGCCCCAUCGCGCAAGCUCCUCGAUGAGGAUGACAAGCCCACCACAUGGAAGGAGUUUGUGGCGCGCAACAAGGGGAAGUUCUGAUGACUAUCAUGGAUUGUUAAGUUAUAGUAUGUGAAUUGUUAUUUAUUUUCCUAGAAAAGGUGGUAUAUAUCCCCCCCCCAGUGAGAUAUACCCAG